AUGGCCCUGCGGCUGGUGCCGCCGACCCUGGGAUCGUUUCUUAGCUGCGACGUUUGCUUCCCGUGUUCGUUCUUCCAUCCUCCUGGGACUGGCGACGGCGAAGACGACGACAGCGUCUCGCACACGCCGCGUGGUCGGCGGAUCUCCAGGAGAGCCUGCGUGGGACCUGGCACCGCCACAGCGAUGUGUUUUGCUUUGUGCCUUUGCCUCCCGGUCGUCAUGGGAGCAGGCAAAGUCUCCCAUGACCUCUUGCCGUCGCCCUCUCUCUGCCCCUCUCGCCUCUUCCAUUCGUCGGGCGAGCGCGCUCUGCAGUGCACGGGCCGCAGGCGUGGGAAGCAAUGUUUGGACUACAUGUUUCACCCCACGGAUGCCUGA